AUGUCUUCAGUCCCACCAGGGGGGCUGAUUCUCGUCACCGGCGCCAACUCAUACGUCGGCAGCGUCGCGAUCCAGGUGUUUCUGCAGCGCGACUACCGCGUCCGUGGUACUGUGCGCAACGUUGCCCGCCAUGCCUGGAUGACGGGGCACUUUGGCCCCAGAUUCGAGCUUGUCGAGGUGUCCGAGAUCAGUUCGCCGGGGGCGUUUGACGAGGCGAUCAAAGACGUGGACGGCAUCGCCCACCUGGCCAUGAACAUGGACAUGGACCCGCAAAACCAGGCGGUCAUCCACGACACCAUCGCGACGAACCUGCACCUCCUGAGAUCCGCGGCACGAGAACCCAGUGUCAAGAGCGUGGUCAUCACCUCGACCUCGGCCGCGUGCACACUCCCGACGACUGGCAUGCCGUACAAAAUCGACGCAACGACUUGGAACACGGCGGCGAUCGAACAUACCUCGAAGCCGUGGAACGGCGAGGGCAAUCCGCGCUGGCACAGGAUCUUGCUGUACGGAGCCGCCAAGGCGCGCGGCGAGCAGGAAGCCUUUGCGUGGGUGCUGCAGCACAAGCCACGGUUCUCUUUCAACACGGUCGUGCCCAAGGUGAACUUCGGCACGGCCGUGGCGCCCGAGAACAUGGGCUACCCGCGGCAGAUUCUGCUGAAGUCGGUCGACGAGCGGGUAGUGGAUGCCGACCAGGUGGAUAAUCAGCGCAGUGUUGAGGUGCUGAAGAAGAUGGGCAAGGCGGACGGGUUCACGUCGGUGGAGGAUACCCUCGUCAAGGCCGUGCAUACAAUUCUGGAGAACCAGUGCGAGAACGUUCCCAAGACGAGGAUAGAUCUGUUCCACGAGUCUCUGGCCAGUCAGUCAUCUGAUGGUACUUGA